ACUUUUUCUAAAACCAUCAAUUUCUUCUCUAAUCAAGCUGAGUCAAUCUUUGUCCCCUCAAAUUCGAGCGCCAAUGGAGGAGAAAACGGAAGAGCCCUCGCCGCCGGCCGACAAAACGCAGCCGAUUUUAUAUGAGGAGUGCAAAAUCAAACCCAUCAAAGUACAAGUGCCCCGGCUGCUCCCUCCGCUCUUGCAGCCUCCCCUGCGUCAAUUCUCACAAGAAACGCACAGCCUCUACCGGAAAAAGACCCGUCACCAGCUUCGUCCCGAUCGCGCAGUUUGAUCAUAAUCUCCUAAUCUCAGAUUAUAACAUGUUUGAGGACGUGAAAAGAGUUGCUGAGUGGGCUCAGAGGAUGAGAGUAAAGUUGUGCGGAUACUCACAUUUUAAGCUUCCUUUUUCCCUCAAAAACCUUAAGAAUGCCGAGGCUGCUGUUUCUUUCAAGUGGAAUAAGUUCAUAUCGUGGACCAUUGAAUGGCGGUUUCAUUCAACUGAUGUUGUGUUGGUUGAUCGUGGAAUACAUGAGAACACAACUCUAUCAUCUGUGAUUGAAAAUCAUCUGAAAUCCGGUCCACGGAACCACUCAUUGAAACAAUUCUGUGAGGAGGCCCUCGAUUCUCUCAAUUUUUUCAUCAGAAAGUAUCACAAGGUUUGCUGUUUAUAUUAUUACUCUUUUGCUGUCAACUAAUUUAAGGUUUUAAUACUGAGAUCUAUUUGGUAAUUAUAAUAAAAAAAAAAACAAAAAAAAAACAUUACAUCAA